AUGCCUGCUGUGACUUGGACUCCCACAUCAGACCCUACGGAAAGGUCACAUCUCCCAGCUUCUCUCACCCAGAAUCACGGCCUUUGUUUAGAGGAGGGGAUGAGGGAGGAGACAGAGGCCCAGCAGGGAGGGGCCGGGGCCGCCCCCGCCGCUCCGGCUUUGCGGAGCCAGGCAGCCUCGCUCCGCUCCCGGGCUGGGGCAACGGAGGCGCCGGGCGCCAGAGCUGAGUCUCAGCCAGUUACUCUCCCUCUGGAUUCUUCAAGCAUCCCUGGAGCGAGCGACUGCGCACGGUGUGUAGCUAGGAGGGCGCUUGGACAGAACCGUUCAGGUGGCUCGGAGCUCUGCCAGCUUUGGCAGGGCUGGGAGCCUGGAGGAUGGUGA